AGCGAGCGAGCGGGGGCGCGAGGCGUUUACCUGGAGGCAGCGGCUUGGGCGCGCAGAGCGGCCGCGGCUCCCCCGCACCUGCGGCCAUGGAUGAGGAGCGCGCCCUCUACAUCGUCCGGGCCGGCGAGGCGGGGGCUAUCGAGCGGGUCCUGAGGGAUUACAGCGACAAGCAUAGGGCUACUUUCAAAUUUGAAUCAACAGAUGAAGAUAAAAGAAAGAAACUCUGUGAAGGCAUAUUUAAAGUCCUUGUGAAGGACGUCCCAACAACAUGUCAAGUGUCUUGCCUGGAAGUACUCCGCAUUCUCUCCAGAGACAAAAAGAUUUUAGUUCCUGUAACAACUAAGGAAAAUAUGCAGAUCCUGCUGCGACUAGCUAAACUAAAUGAGUCGGAUGAUUCUUUGGAGAAGGUGUCAGAGUUCCCAGUUAUUGUGGAGUCAUUAAAAUGUCUGUGUAACAUAGUGUUCAACAGUCAGAUGGCACAGCAGCUCAGCCUGGAACUUAAUCUUGCUGCAAAGCUCUGUAACCUUCUGAGAAAAUGCAAGGACCGAAAAUUUAUCAAUGACAUUAAGUGCUUUGACUUGCGCUUGCUCUUCCUCCUGUCACUUUUGCACACUGAUAUCAGGUCACAGUUGCGCUAUGAGCUCCAGGGACUACCGCUGCUAACCCAGAUUUUGGAAAGUGCCUUUAGUAUCAAGUGGACCGAUGAGUAUGAAUCGGCCAUAGACCAUAAUGGACCUCCUCUCUCACCUCAGGAGACAGACUGUGCCAUUGAGGCCCUCAAAGCUCUCUUCAAUGUGACGGUAGACAGUUGGAAGGUGCAUAAAGAGAGUGAUUCUCAUCAGUUCCGUGUCAUGGCAGCUGUCCUUCGCCAUUGUUUACUAAUUGUAGGUCCAACUGAAGACAAAACAGAAGAGCUGCACAGCAAUGCAGUCAACCUUUUAAGCAAUGUUCCGGUCUCUUGUUUGGAUGUUCUUAUUUGUCCAUUAACCCAUGAGGAAACAGCCCAAGAGGCAACGACUCUAGAUGAACUGCCCAGUGAGAAAACAGCUGCAAAAGAAACAGUUUUGAAAAACAAUACCAUGGUUUACAAUGGUAUGAAUAUGGAGGCCAUUCAUGUUUUACUCAAUUUUAUGGAGAAGAGAAUAGACAAGGGAAGCAGCUAUAGAGAGGGUCUAACUCCAGUUCUCAGCUUAUUAACAGAGUGUUCCCGAGCCCAUCGAAACAUCAGAAAAUUUCUCAAAGACCAGGUUUUACCACCUUUGAGGGAUGUGACAAAUCGACCUGAAGUAGGCUCAACUGUGAGAAAUAAGCUGGUGCGCCUCAUGACACAUGUUGACCUUGGAGUCAAGCAAAUUGCUGCUGAAUUCCUUUUUGUCCUUUGCAAAGAAAGAGUGGACAGUCUGCUGAAAUACACUGGCUAUGGGAAUGCUGCAGGACUCUUGGCUGCCAGGGGACUCUUGGCUGGCGGAAGAGGCGAUAAUUGGUACUCAGAGGAUGAGGACACAGACACUGAAGAAUACAAAAAUGCAAAACCAAACAUUAAUCUUAUCACUGGUCAUUUAGAGGAACCAAUGCCAAACCCCAUAGAUGAAAUGACAGAAGAACAAAAAGAAUAUGAAGCCAUGAAACUUGUCAACAUGCUUGAUAAACUUUCCAGAGAGGAGUUGCUUAAACCAAUGGGACUAAAACCUGAUGGGACAAUAACGCCUUUGGAGGAAGCACUCAACCAGUACUCUGUCAUCGAAGAGACCAGCUCCGACACAGACUGAAAGCGUCACCUGCUCAGCUCUCAGUAUUGCUUUUAUCAGCAUCUUUUCUCUGUAGCUCCAGGGAGUCUUUUCUCUACAACAUUUAUGCCCUUGCUUUGGCUAGGAACACAUUAACUGGUUUACUCAUUGAGAAUCCAGCAUAUUUAAGAGGUGAUCCUGUGUUUUUUGCGAUAUCGAGGCAUUCAUACAGAGCUGCAGUUAGAUGGAGCUCCAGGGACUAGAAACAGACAAAAACGUAAUCCAUUUCAUCACGUUGGGACUGGAGGACUUUACUCUGCCAUGCAGCCCUGAGUGAGUCUGGCGAUUCUGUUUGCCAAGAUUCUUAGCAGAAGAUUAGCCAUAUUCUCUUCCCACGUGGGUGGCUGCCCCUUCUCAGUCUCUCCAGCAGCUGUGGGCACGUGAGAAGCAGAAGGAGCUGGUAAACAAGGGCUGAAGCCAGUGACUCCUCAGAUCAGGACUAAAUGGAAGCCAAGUAGCUGCUCUGUAAACUUAGCCCUGUUCUUCAUUUCAGUUUUAUAUAAAUACGUAAAAUAUACACAUACACACACACACACACAGAGCCCCAGACUUACAGACUGGUCACACUCAGUGUGUAUGUCACUUAGCUAAAACUUCAGAAUCCGUAUCUCCCUGUAAAGAGCUAUAAAUGAUGGUUUAGUUCCCAGGCAGCUACAGUGCCUAUUUAUUCCCUAAUGUACCUGAACACUAGUACCAUAGAACUGAACCACCAUCUGUAGCACUCACCGGGAGCGCGCCUUCUGGAGUCUAAUGCACAGUGCUCCAGCAGCGGGAACGGGGACUCCCUGAGUAAUGGAGGCUCACGGUCUCUGUGGAGAGUCGAGGAGGCAGCAGCACCCGUUUGUACAUAUAGGUCAUUCAUAUGUCACGUUUUAAACUGGGGACUGUGUGUGUGUGCACUUGUGUGUGUAUGUUCUACCUUUCUACCAUAUGUGAUCAGUUUAAUGGUAACUUUAUUUAUUAAAAAAAAAGAAACACAAAUAGUUACAGUUAAACUGAUUAAGACUCUUUAUUUUUACUUUGAAUUGGUCCUAUGAAGAAGUAGAAACCGAAUCAUGCAACAGUGGGCCUAGUUGAUCAGUGGCUAAAGUUGAAAAGGGGUUGGUUUCCUUUUUUAUGUAUGUAUGUGUGUGUGUAUGUGUGUGUACAUACACAUAUAUACACACACAUAGAUUAUGUGCUUAACCACUGCCUUUUACAACUUUAAAUAAAACAUUGGGGUUGAUUCAAUUUAGCCAUCUGUGUGUGUUUCUUUAUAGAUAUAUGGGCUAAACAAUACUGUUUUACAGUUUAUACUUUUUAAAAGUGCUUUUAUGUCCAUUAUCUCAUUUACCAUAAUAGCCUUUGUAAGGAAAUGUACAGUUUGUGGAGUAUUAGUGAAAAUAUCUUAUAUCUAAAAGUUACUUCUCUGGCAAAGCAACACAUCAGGAAUUAAGUUUUAAAAGGCCUAUGAGCUGCCAGAAGAGAUGUCACAAAGUUUCUUAUAAUUUACUCAUAGGAGAGAUCUUCAAGAAUAUCACUCUUAGCCUCUUUACUAAAAUUCGCCUAUGUUUCUGACAUGUUUAGUUAUCUGGCUUUCAAGCCCUCCCCCGACACACGCAUACAAAUGGCAAAGGAGGCUGCUGUAUUGAAGACAAAAAAGGCAGCUGAAGACAAGAUAGGGAGAUGGGGGGAAAAAGAAAAGAUAUUCAAGGUGUGUGUAUGUAGUAGUAUGGCCCAUAGAUUAAUUCUCAUUAUGAUGACCAUGAGUUUCUUUAAAAAAAAAAUUAAAUCCAGAAUAUGUUACAAGAGACUAGGAAGAAUAAAAGCAUAUUCAUCCUAAGUAGUUGCAGGAGUUUUAACCAACAGUAAAUAAAAUGAAACUUGGCAAUUUCCAAUUGCAGAUUAAAUAGGAAAAAGUUCAGAAAAAGAAAUUUAAGUAUUUUUGUUAUUUCAUUCUACAAGUGCAUUUUCAGAGUAUUUUUGUAAUCUCUACCGUCAGUAGCUUUGGCAUGAGUGUCCUCUUACCUCAGUGAACGCCACCUUAGCGGCUUCACACACAGGAAGUGCUUCAACAGUCCUUUUCAGGAGUGUACUCUUUGCUACCAGUCAGUUUGGUUCCACGUUUGCGUUUCCCUGUGCUUUUGAAGAGGGAGCAUUUGCAGAGGGUGAACACCAGAGUGACCUCAUCGUGCACGCUGAAAGAAGUAACAUCUGUUACGAUAUGCUGGGUCUGCUAGGUCUGUCCCCUUCCAGAGCUGCGCCCGAGCUCACGUGAGAUGGCCUUCCUAGCCAGCUGACCACGCUACCCAGCAGCACAGCCAGUGACCCCGAGUCCGCCUCGGGCAGCCUGAGCCCACGCCACUCCUGUCCCUUUCCCUUCCCCACCACAUACCUGGGCCCAGUGCUGGGAGCAGAGUGGGAGGGUGGUUGUUCUGAGGCCAUUUUAAGCAAUAACUAUUUCAGCAGACCAGUUUAAAGAACUUUUAAGGAGAGAGGUAACUUGGAAUGGAAGUUUGAGUGGGACACUUGCUCAGUGAGCCCUGGGUUUCAAUUGGAGACCAGGAAUCCUUUAGGACGAGUCAGAGACUAGAGCCACCGGCCUCCCCUCCUGCAGUGGGCAUGACCAGAAGUCACUGGCCAUCCCACUGUGACGCUUCUGCCCACUGCCCUCCAGACGUGGGAAGCAGGGGACAGAGGGAGUGGGUCCUAAAGUACGCUAUCUGGACUACCGCUCUACGACAAUCACCAGACAUCUGUGACCUUGCAUGCCCAGCGGUGCUGGGAGGCAGGCAGGCCCCACUUUCCUGUCCCUUUUUUACAGAGUGCCACUCUUGAUAAAGGAGGACACAGGCUGGGGCCGUCAGCAGCCCCUCAGAACCCCAUCAGCCUUCUUGCCUCCCAGGACGAGGUUUGGCCCACAUCAACUUCCUUUUUCCCAGUGAUUAUAAAAGUAACACACAUCUAUCAGAAAGAGAUUGGAAAAUGCAGGAAACGAUAAAAUUUACCCCAAAUCCACCAAUGUUAAUGUUUUAAUGUGUGUCCUUCCUGUAUUUUUUCUAUGCAUAUAUAAUUUAUUUUACUACAAGAUUGGGAUCAUGCUGUAUUUACAGAUUUGUAUCCUGCUUUCUUCUUUAACAUAUUGUGAGCAUU